AUGUCACCCACAACCACCAUAUUACACAACCCCCUCACCAGAAGAGCAAUAUCUCAACGGACUGGUUACACCAUCAUCCUCCCCGUCGUCCUUGGCGUUGUCUUCAUCGCCCUCUGUAUCUAUCUAUUCUGGUUCAUCCGCAAGCGGAAAGCACAGCUUGCAGUUCAGAGACGUAAAGAGAGAGAACAGUCUAUGAAGACUUGGGGGAAGGAUAUGGCACCUAUCAAGGGAAAGGAGAGUGGUGCAAGGGAUGGUGCUUUGCUUGCUGCGCAAGGUCUCGGGAGGGGGUUGCAGGCUGUGGGAAGAUGA